AAAGGAGACAAUUCAAAACACACCAACCAAUACACAGACACACACACACCUUUUCACUACACACCUUGGGCGUUGUUGUCAAAGGUGAAUCGAACAGGAAUGCGCGUAGUGGUGGAAUACAUUAUUUACCUUUCCACUUUGGUCAAAGAUCGCCGUUUCUGUUCACACUUUUUGUCGAACAGCUAGAAGAACGCGUUUUUAGCAUAUUGUACACGCUCCUUACGUAAGCACGUCCAAAUCAUGGCCGCUAAGGAACCGUCUCCGAUCGUUAAAUCAUACCUAAUUAUUUACAACGCCGCCCAAGUGCUCGGCUGGUGUUACAUGCUAUAUCAAUUGAUAGCUUACUACACCAUCGACAAAGGUACGGAAAAAACACUCUGGGACUACCUCGGAUUCACCGUAAUAUUGUUCCAGAAUGCAGCACUACUUGAGAUUGUCCACGCAUUUACGCGUAUCGUGCCCAGCAAUCCUAUCAUCACAACAUUCCAGGUGUUGUCCCGUGUGAUGGUUGUAUGUGGUGUUGUGAUGGCAACACCCACCGGCAAAAUUUCGCCCGGACUUCCGCUGGCCAUCUUGGCCUGGUCAGUGACGGAGAUCAUUCGAUACGCGUACUAUGCCCUAAAUCUGAUCGAUGCCGUCCCACACAUGCUUAUCUUUCUGCGCUACACCACCUUCAUCGUGCUGUAUCCGACCGGGGUGACCGGUGAGCUGCUUUGCUUUUACUGGGCCCAGUCACACGUGGCCAAAACGAAACAAUGGAGCAUCGAAAUGCCCAACACGUACAACUUUACCUUCUCGUACCUUUACUUCCUGUGGGUUGUGAUGUUGCUUUACAUCCCACUGUUUCCCCAGCUGUAUAUGCACAUGUUUGCCCAGCGCAAAAAGAUUCUUGGAUCUGGCUCGACCAAUGCAGGCAAGCAGAAGAACAAUUGACUAGAGGCAUUCGGCUUUCCGGCUUG